AUGUAUAGAAAAAUUGCUAUAUGGGGAUGGUUAAGAGAUUAUUAUAAUGAAAAUAAAUGGGUUACCUGGGCUUAUUCAAUAAUGUUUUAUCAAUUUACAUCACUUACAAUAACUGGUAAUUUUAUAAUAACAUUAAAUAGAUAUUUAACAAUGGCAAAUCCUGUUUUUUAUAAAAAUAAAUGGACAUGUAAAGUGGCAAUAUUUGUUAUAAUAAUUCAAAUUAUUGUAUGUUUUGGUACAUAUACUCAUUUAUAUUUUGUUGGAGCAGUUUUUAUUUAUGAUCCAAAAACACCAAUAUGGUAUUUUACAAAAUCAAGUUGGACUUAUUCACUUUAUGAUAGUAUUGGUCUUGUAACAAUUUGUUGGUUUUCUGCAAUUGCCACAGGAAUACUUAAUUUUCAAAUAUGUUUAAGAUAUAAUAGAAUUUUUAAAUCAGCAACUGGUGUCAAAAAAAAAAAUAGAACAUCAUUGUUUAUUUUUAUGUUAUUAACAAGUACAUUUCUUUUUAUAACAUCAAUCCAACAAACAGUCCGCCUAAAAUCAGCAAUUAAGCAUGAAAGAUUUUUAAGAAAUCUUAUGAAUUAUUAUUUCUUUUACAUAUUACCAUUAUUAAGUUGUAUUCAUGCAUAUUUAAUGAUAUUUUUAAGUAAACAAAUCAGAAAUGAUUUUUAUUUUUACUUUUCAAAAUAUGUAUUACGGCGUAAAGUACAAAAAGUGACUUCAAUUGUCCAGACAACAAGAUGGAAAGUAUAA